CCCUGCCUGAGGCGAGCCCGCCGCACCGGCGAACGGCCCCGCCGCACCGGUGAACCGCGGCCCGAGCCCUCCGGGUCUUCUCCCCUUCUCUCUCCUUCUCCCCUCAGCGCUGGGGGUUCGUCCCCGGGCGCUUGAGCCUGCUGCAAUGGUCCCGCCCGGCAGCUCCGGCCUCGGGGGCCUGCUCCGGGUGUCCGCUCGGGGCUGCGGGGUGAGCUCUCCUCCCAUCCGGCCUCAGCCGUUGCCUUUGCUCCCCUGUGACCUCCCCGUGCCUCCUGUCCGCCGCUUCUUUAGGUUUAAAAAGUAUUUCGGCCUACCCAGAUAACACAGUAGUGAAGAAAGAGUAUGCAAGAAUCUAUUCUCUUACAGCAGCUGUAGUAGGAGAGUUCUGGGCUAUGUGAUUAUCUGCCUCUUACCUGACUAGGAUCGGACUACAUGGAACUCUGGUGAUUAGACUGUUACUCACACUUGUCAUCAUGUUGGCAGAAGGCAUCUUAACUAAACUCGUAUAUAAAGAAAGCUGUCAUCAAGAUAAGCCUCGCAAAUCUCCUGCAUCCAAAAAGGAUAAAGAGGGAAUCUGGAGACAGAAACUUGUAGACAACCCAAAAAUCAAAGGCUUUGCUGAUGGAUACAAGAAGCAGGAUGAGAUCUCUGCUAGAAGUAGCAAAAUGGAACAUGGGAGCGGUCCUCAAUGGAGAUCCAUAAAAGAGGUACCUGCAAAAGAUCAGAAAAUGCUUGUUAAAGGAACCGUAUCACCAGCUUUACAUAUCCCCAAAAGAGAACAAAAUACUGAACAGAUGGACUUGUAUAGAUCCUGGUCAUGCAACAGCAUUUAUCAAAACUACCCUGACUUGCAUAUCGGGGGAGACCGUGUGGGGGACCAUAUGUGUGAUUCAGGUUGUGUUUUGGACCAUGUGUGUGAUGAGCUUCCUGAUGGCCCUGUUCUGCUGUCCAUAGAUAUUCCUCUAGGUCAGUUCCCUCUAUGUGAGCAUCCUGAAAAGCCAAGUAUAAAGUCCCUGUCUGGAGAUGAAGCUGGAGAAAGGAGUAGUAUCAUGCUCUGUGCGGAGCCACUUUCAAACUCUAUGCUCAACAAGUACAUGGAAACAAAAGUGGCAGAAUUUUAUAAACAGGUUUUUGAAGAAAAUUUGACCAGGUGUGGUUCUGUAACAAACCUCCUCACUUGCAGUUUGAUAAGGAAUAACCUGAAUCAGAUAAGCUUUCAGGUAUCACAGGAGCAGAAUAUAGAAACAUCAAAAGCCAGAGAAGUGCUCUUGCACUCUUUAGCUUUGUUUAGUUUGCACAACACUACCAAUAGAAAUAGCUCUGAAUUUAGUACUCCAAACUUACAAAUCUCAAACCCAGCAUGCAUGAAAAAGAGCUGCAGGAUGCAGUUUACAUCAUGACUGAUGUGUUUAGCUGAAGAGAUGAAUAUGAUUCGGAUACAAAUAUUUCACUCUAAGGAUUAGUUAGGGAAAUGAAAACAUUUACACGCUACAGACUUUUUCAAAUAAAUAUUUUAAAGCUUAAACCAUACUUUGUUAGUGGAGGAAGUAAAGGUUGUUUUUUUCUAAUAUAGAAUUUGAAAUUAAUUUCUCUGUGAAAUACUAAUCAACCGUAUUUUUGCAAUGUAUAUGUCCUUCUAAGACUCUGGCUGUGUGAGUAAUUGUAGUCACGUACCACUGGAUUUACUCCUGCAAGAAAAAUCAGUCAAGACGUGUGCUGGUAAAACUUUGCUCUAAGAGACUGAUCCGGCCAGCCAGUAAGUAAAAGAGUCAAAUUGUCUUUGAUGGACUUUGGAUUGGGCUAUAUAGUUGAAACCCGAGUUCUGGAAAUUCACAUUCAAAUUUUGCUUCUGCAAAGCUUGAUCACAGUGGCUGAAAAAAUAUUUCUUUGGUUUGGAAAUCUUGUCAGCAGAUGGAGGUGUUCAGGACUCUGGAUUAUUUUGUAUGUAUUAUCAUACAUAGGAAAUACAUUGACAUGAUACGUGAAUGAAGACGCUAAUAUUGUUGCUUGUGUAUGUUUGUACUGCAUAGGUGGAGUAUGUGACAAUGAAAAUUAGGUGAAAUAGUUGAUGAAGGUUGUAAAAGUAUUUAGUUUUCUGUAAAAAAUAAUAAAUCCUUACCUUUUUGAUGAAAUCCA